AAACAAAGAGCGGAUUGGAAUCCAGGCCUUGAGAGGUCUCUUGUUGACAUUCUCCAUGAAUUUAAAGAUAGUGGAUAUAGAGGUGACAAUGGUUGGAACUUCGAAGGGUGGAAUAGAAUGGUCAAGGAGUUUCAUGUGAGGAACAAGUAUGUCUCCUUUACAAAGUCUCAAAUUCAGGAUAAAGAAGGUCAGCUGAAGAGAGACUACAAGAUGCUCAAAGCAGCAAAGCAACAGAGUGGGUCCACCUGGAAUGAGAAAAGGAAUAUGGUUGAAGGACCACCAGCUUUGUGGGAGAAUCUCAUGGUGACAUUUCCUAAAAUCAAGAAGUUUAACAACAACAAGGCAGCCUUCCCGCUCUUUGAUGCUUUGGGAGAGCUUUAUGAUGGUAAAAAAAAUCAAACUGUGGCUGCUCAGGGAUCGAACCUUGGAUCUAUUGAGCAAAAUGCCUAG